UCUCACAACCUGGUCAUAUGUGAUAGAUAUCUCAUACCCAGAACUUGGUUAUUACACGAUUCUACACCCGAUUGAAAAGGACAAUGCCGCCGCCCUCGUUACUCCAGCUUUGCACGGCCACUGCGAUCAGAAACAUCAAACAUUUGGAUGAUAUUGGAAAUAUCCCCUAUGCCUUAGCUCGACCAUUCCUCCUUAAGGUGGAAAGUCCCGAGAAACUGAGAGCUUUGGAACUUCAGUCGCCCCACCUCAUGCAAGAUGAUGAAGAACUAUGGCUCGAAUUUAUCAAGCGAGACAUCCCUCGGUGGGAAGAGUACGAUCUGCCCGAGAAGCCCGAUUGCUGGUAUGAUGUAUACUGCGACCUCAGAGAACAGGUACAACGGGCAGUAGACGAGGAUGCAGAGAAGCUCAAGAUGGCUUUGGACGGGAUCAGCUCCGAAAGAGCCAAACACAGUGCCAAGUUAGUCACUGAUCGGCGGAGUAUCGGCCUCCCCCGUGAGAGACCUACCAUGAAGCAGCGCUACGCUUCGCUCGAUAGGAAGAUGGGCGGGUUCAAACCGGUCUUCGUCGCUUCAAAGUCCGGCGCCAGCCAAUACGAUUCGCUGGGCGCGCCUGCCUGGGGAUUCGAACGUCCCUCGGUACCACGAUCCGAGACGAAGAGAAAAACCGGAAUCUUUAGCGCAACGAAGCGAAAUAGUGCGCUGGCUAUCCCAACAAAACAGCUCAACACCAGGGCCUCGCAGAUCAAACAGGCACCACGGUCUUUGGUCGAGGAACAUAGGCGUCCUGUUGAGCCUGCCAUCCCUCGCCGGCGAGAUAAUACAACCGUGGCUAUGAGAGCCCCCGGACGAUCACGAAUGCAAACUACUGCGGGUUCUACAGGUCAGAACAAUCUCGAAGUCAACUCCACCUUACGGGAUAGAGAAGCCCGUCUGCGGGCAAUAGCCUCUGGACGACCGGUCGGCUCCCUGACGGGCUCAUCUGGUCCGGGGACUACUGGCAGCCCGCAGUGUCCGCGUUUUAGUGCGUCGCCAUCGACAGCUACGGCAAAUGCAGUCGUUCCGACCGCACCUGGACCUCGUCCUAUUAUGGUUCGUAAACGACCCGCACCCGCCGAUCCGUUCAUUCAACCCAAGAAGAAGAGAGUGAACUGAUUCAUCG